UUCAGGAAGCUCUGUGUAUUUCUUCGUAAGUGGGUUUGCUACGAAGGUUCCUAAGUGCGCCCUAAGAAGAUGCUUAGGUGCGAUUCAAUAAGGUCCACUUAGGAAGAUAUUUAGGUUUUGGGUCUUGUUCACUUACGUGCCGACAGAGGUCACUACUGUGUUUCGUUUGGCCAAUCAGAGUGACUGUUACAUUUCUAACCUGACCAAUCACGCUAAUGCAAUAUCAGCUGUGUUAUGUAAACAUUGUGGUUCCUCGUGGUAUUGUUGUCAGAAAAAUCAUCUGUUGCAAACUCUACCUACUAUCAAGAAGAAGAAAUGAUCUGUGCAUCCAGUCAUGUGCCUGAAACAAUCAAACACUAUCUCCUUCACUGGUUUCGACAUCGUAGUGCCAGAGUAAAUAAAACAAAAAAAAUAGCGCACUUAAAAUAACCUUUACCAUCGUGUAUAUUACUAGGUGACAUCUCGUUACAUGAAAAUUAUCCAAUAAUCAAAGCACUGGCUAAAUAUCUCCAGUGACCAACAAAGUGGCCACAUUUGACCUGUGCCACAUUCAUAGUUGGCGCAACCAACAGGCAAACACACAAGACAAGUGUCUGGCCGCAGCACCAAGGAUUUGCUGACGCCAGCUCAAAACCACCCCGUCCUACAGUGCGGCGUCUCCCUCUAACACGCCUCUGUUUAUUCACUUUAUCUACAGUACAAGACAUCAAACACUUUUGAAACCUAGUCAUUCUCAACAUUAACGCGUCUCCCAACAUUUGUACUCGUGCAGUCAUCGAGAGAAUAGACACUUCACGCAAACUACACCUACUAUCAAGAACCAAAACAAACAUACUACAUCCUCUUAGUAUUCAUAAAUAAAUAAGAGAAAGAAAAUGUCUGGGAUAAAAAGGAAAGCAAACUUCAGUGAAGAGGAGCUGACAGUUCUCGUUGAUGAGGUUAAGAGAGAACGCAUAAUUUUUGGGAAGCUAUCAAGACAAGUCACUACCCAAGAUAAACACUGUGCCUGGAGCCCAGUAGCUGUUGCUGUAAGUGGUGUUGGUCUCUGCUCAAGACAACAAGCCGAUGUUCGCAAGAAAUUUCAGGAUCUUAAAUCUUCAGUCAAGAAAAAAUUGGCAGAAAAUGCCCGGGAAAUGAGAAAAACUGGUGGUGGAGAAUGUGACACUCAACCAUUGACCAACUAUGAAGAAAAUUUGUCAACUUUACUAAGUUCCACAUCAGUUGAAGGUAUUGCUGGCAUCAGUGAUGCAGGACAGGAUUAUACCGUAGAAGAACCAAACUGUGUAACAGAAGAAGUGGUCAUGGACACAGAUGAUUCUCGAGUGCUAAAUGUACAGGAAUCAGGUGAGCCUUCUGCCUCGCCAAUUGGUGAUCAAUUUCAUCCAUCGUGUUUAGGCCAUGACUACUCCAAAGCCUCAGUUUCUAGUACGCAUACAAGAAAAAAACAAAUGACUGCCGAACAUAAUACAACACAACAAGUGUUAAUGCUGCAUGAAAAUCUUAUAGAUGUUGUACAUAAAGUGCCAGCAGCCUUAAAGGACGUGGCUGCAGAAGUACAUGAAGGGAACAAGUCCUUAAAGGAGGUGGUUAAAGAAGUACAGGACUUAAACAAAUCCCUCAAGGAUAUAUCCAAAGGUAUAUGGGAGUUGGUAGAAUGUAUGAAAAAUAAUCAGGCACUAUGAAAUUUAUUUAAAUCUUUCUAAUUAUAAUCUCUAAAAAUAGUUUAAGAAAUUAUAAUAUUUUGUAAUAACAAUUGUAAAUAAGAACAAUAUUGAAACAUUAAAAUGUAACAAUUAUUCAUAUCAUUAAUUUUGCUAUGACUUGCAUAGUAUAUAGUGU